CUCUCAUUAUUGUAAACAAAACAAAAACAAAAACAAAAAAAAAUGACUACCGCCACCACUGAAGAUAUUAAAGUAAAAGCAGAAGAAAUAAAAAAUGAAGCUAAUGCUUAUUUCAAAGAUAAACAUUUUACUGCUGCUAUUGAGAAAUAUACUGAGGCUAUUGAGUUGAAUCCUCAGGUGGCUUCAUAUUAUACAAAUCGUGCUUUUUGUCAUAUUAAAUUAGAGUCUUAUGGUUAUGCUAUUGCUGAUUCUAAUAAAGCUUUAGAGAUCGAUCCUCAUUUUACAAAGGGUAACUAUCGUCGAGCAUCUGCUAACAUGGCGCUUGGUAAUUUUAAAGCAGCAUUGAAGGAUUUGAGAAUUGUUUCCAAGCGUGCACCUAAUGAUAAAGAUGCCAAAGCUAAAUUUGAAGAAUGUCAAAAGAUUGUAAGAAGAAUUGAAUUUGAGAAUGCAAUCAAAGAUGAUCAAAAACAAAGUGUUGCAUCUAAAUUAGACAUUGAUGCUAUAGUCGUUGAUGAUUCAUAUAAAGGACCUCGAAUUAAUGAAGAGACAAAAACAAUUGAUCAAGCUUUUGUAAAGGACAUGAUCAAACAUUUUAAAGAUCAAAAAAAGAUUCAUAAAAAAUAUGCUUUCAUGAUCAUCUUGGCCAUUCGUAAAUAUAUGAUGGAAGCACCUACAUUAGUUGAUGUUGAAAUUCCUGCUGAUGGUAAAUUAACAGUUUGUGGUGAUGUACAUGGUCAAUUCUAUGAUUUCAUUAAUAUUUUUGAUACAAACGGUUAUCCUUCCGAAAAACACGCUUAUCUAUUUAAUGGAGACUUUGUUGAUCGUGGUUCUUUUUCAGUUGAAGUCAUAUUGACCUUAUUUGCCUAUAAAUGGCUCUAUCCCAAUCACCUCUUUUUAGCCCGUGGUAAUCAUGAAACGGAUAAUAUGAACAAAGUGUACGGAUUUGAAGGUGAAGUCAAAGCUAAAUUUAGUGAAAUGAUGUUUAGUUUAUUCUCAGAGACAUUUAAUGCUUUACCACUCUGCCAUCUUAUUAAGAACAAAAUCUUUGUGACACAUGGUGGUCUGUUCUCCAGAGAUAAUGUAACUUUGGAUGAAAUUAGAAAGAUUGAUCGUAUUGGACAAGGACAGCCAGGUUCUGAAGGUUUGAUGUGUGAGUUAUUAUGGUCUGAUCCUCAACCUGAGCCCGGCAGAUCUACAAGUAAACGAGGUGUUGGUAUUCAGUUUGGUCCUGAUGUGACCAAGAACUUUUUAGAGACAAAUAAUUUAGAAAUGAUCAUUCGUAGCCAUGAAGUAAAGGAGGAAGGUUAUGUGAUUGAACAUGAUGGAAAAUGUGUCACUGUGUUUAGUGCACCUAAUUAUUGUGAUACUGUUGGCAAUAAGGGUGCUCUUAUCAAUAUGACUCCUGACUUGAAGAAAGAAUACAUUACUUUUACUGCAGUUGUAAGUUAUACAGAGACAAUUAUAUAAUAAGUUUUAACGUUUAUUUAUUUAUUUAUAGCCUCAUCCUUCUGUUCGACCUAUGCAGUAUGCUAGUCAAUUUAGUGGAUUAUUAGGGAUGUAAAACAGAAAAAGAAAAAAAAAAAGAUUCUAUUUAGCUGCUGCAUGCAUUAUUUGAUUUAAUGCGUAUAUAGUACACAUACACACACACAUACACACACACACACAAAAGCAUGUAUUUAUUUUAUAGACAAAGAAAGAAAGAAAGAAAGAAAAAAACAAUAAAAUAGAGAUAUUUAAACAUGUAAAAA